ACCAAACAUCAGCUAGCAAAACAGUAGCAGAACCGGAGUUUUAACUGAGCUCUUUUCUUCUCUUUUAUACGUUUGUUUUUCUUUGUGAGGUCAGAAUGUCUGAUGAGGAAGAGGACUAUAUGUCCGAUGCGUUUCUCAGUAAAAUACAAGAUGUGAAACCCGGCGUCAGUAUGGUGAGACGGGUCAAAGAGGCGAUGAGGAAGGAGGAGCUGCAAAAGGAGAAGAACCUGAAGAACCGACAGAAAAGCUACAAAGAGCAGGAGAAGGAGAGUCGAGAAGUGGCUUUACAAAACUCCAUCAGCAACGAGAACAAGGGCUUCGCACUCCUGCAGAAAAUGGGUUACAAAGCAGGUCAAGGCCUCGGGAAACAAGGGGCAGGAAGAGUCGAUCCAAUUCCAUUAAAUAUUAAGACUGACAGGGGCGGCAUUGGAAUGGAGGAGCAGAGGAAAAGAAAAGCUGACGAGGAACUGGAGAAUUACAGACAGAAGGUCCGAGCCAAGCAGCAGAACGAGACCAAAACUCUGGAGGAUUUUAGAUCCAGAGUGAGGACGGAAAGAGAAGAGCGUAAGAUCGAAGCAGAUCUCAGAAGGAGUCAGCGGUCGUGUGAACAGCUGGACAGUCAGAAGGGAAUCACAACCCCCAGAGAAGACUGGUACUGGCCCAAAGGAGGCGCUGAAGAGGAGGAGGAGAAGGAGGAGGAGGAGGAGGAGGAUGAAGAGGAGGUGGAGCUAACGUCGUUUGACAAACUCCAGAUUCUGACGUCAUAUUUAAGAGGCGUCCAUUUCUACUGUUUAUGGUGCGGGACGACAUACAACGAUGAAGACGACCUAAAGUCAAACUGUCCCGGAGACACGGCAGCAGAUCAUGAAUGAACGUGAAUAUGACAGAUCGGAUACAGGAAGAAGAAGCAAAACAUCGCAGUUUAUGGUCGACAGUUUUUACAUAUUUCAUUAAAACGGAAUAAUUCUGUAAAAAGUGUAUUUAGGACAUGUUUUAUUCUUUAUUUUGUGAAAUGUUUGAGUCAUGAAGUCAUAUGUUUCCAUUUCCUCAUGUAUUUCAUGUUUUAUUUGAGCAACUUUUUUGGGUUUUAUUGAAUAAAUAAAAGUGAAUAUGUGUCCAUA